UCGGCGCACAAGAUGGCGGCGGCGGCUCUGGCGGUUGAGAGCGCUAUGGAGGUGGCGGCGGGCGAGGAGGCGGCGGCGGCGGCGGGGCUGAGCUGCCUGGUGACACUGCCCGGCGAGGUGCUGGAGUACAUCCUGUGCAGCGGCGCGCUGUCGGCCGGCGACAUCGGCCGCGUGUCCAGCACCUGCCGGCGGCUGCGCGAGCUGUGCCAGAGCAGCGGCAAGGUGUGGAAGGAGCAGUUCCGCGCCAGGUGGCCCUCCCUGAUGAAGCACUACAGCCCCACCGACUACGUCAACUGGCUGGAGGAGUACAAGGUGCGCCAGAAGGCCGGCCUCGAGGCCCGCAAGAUCGUCGCCUCCUUCUCCAAGCGCUUCUUCUCCGAGCACGUCCCCUGUAACGGUUUUAGUGACAUUGAAAAUCUUGAGGGACCAGAGAUAUUUUUUGAGGAUGAACUGGUGUGUAUCCUAAAUAUGGAAGGAAGAAAAGCCUUGACCUGGAAAUACUAUGCCAAAAAAAUCCUCUACUACUUACGACAGCAGAAAAUCUUAAAUAAUCUUAAGGCUUUUCUUCAGCAGCCGGAUGACUAUGAGUCAUACCUGGAAGGUGCGGUGUACAUUGACCAGUACUGCAACCCUCUCGCCAACAUCAGCCUUAAGGACAUCCAGGCCCAGAUCGACGGCAUCGUGGAGCUCGUUUGCAAGACUCUCCGGGGCAUCAACGCUCGCCACCCCAGCCUGGCCUUCAAGGCAGGUGAAUCUUCCAUGAUCAUGGAAAUCGAACUCCAGAGUCAGGUGCUAGACGCCAUGAACUACGUCCUCUACGACCAGCUGAAGUUCAAGGGGAAUCGAAUGGACUAUUACAAUGCCCUGAACCUCUACAUGCACCAGGUGUUGAUCCGCAGGACAGGCAUCCCAAUCAGCAUGUCUCUGCUGUACCUGACGAUUGCCCGGCAGUUGGGGGUCCCGCUGGAGCCAGUCAACUUCCCGAGCCACUUCUUACUGCGGUGGUGCCAGGGUGCAGAAGGGGCGACCCUGGACAUCUUCGACUACAUCUACAUAGACGCUUUCGGGAAAGGCAAGCAGCUGACAGUGAAAGAAUGCGAAUAUUUGAUCGGCCAGCACGUGACCGCGGCCCUUUACGGGGUGGUCAACGUCAAGAAGGUGCUGCAGCGAAUGGUGGGCAACCUCCUGAGCCUGGGGAAGCGGGAGGGCAUCGACCAGUCAUACCAGCUCCUGAGAGACUCGCUGGAUCUAUACCUGGCCAUGUACCCGGACCAGGUGCAGCUGUUGCUCCUCCAAGCCCGGCUCUACUUCCACUUGGGAAUCUGGCCAGAGAAGUCUUUCUGCCUUGUGUUGAAGGUGCUGGACAUCCUGCAGCACAUCCAGACCCUGGACCCCGGGCAGCACGGGGCGGUGGGCUACCUGGUGCAGCACACGCUCGAGCACAUCGAGCGCAAGAAGGAGGAGGUGGGGGUGGAGGUGAAGCUCCGUUCGCAUGAGAAGCACAGGGAUGUCUUCUACUCCAUUGGGCUCAUAAUGAAGCACAAGAGGUACGGCUACAACUGCGUCAUCUACGGCUGGGACCCCACCUGCAUGAUGGGGCAUGAGUGGAUCCGGAACAUGAAUGUUCACAGCCUGCCGCACGGCCACCACCAGCCUUUCUACAACGUCCUUGUGGAGGAUGGUUCUUGCAGAUACGCAGCCCAGGAAAACCUGGAGUACAACGUGGAACCUCAAGAGAUCUCCCACCCCGACGUGGGCCGCUACUUCUCUGAGUUCACCGGCACGCACUACGUCCCCAACGCCGAGCUCGAGAUCCGCUACCCCGAGGACCUGGAGUCCGUGUACGAGACGGUACAAAACAUCUACAUCACCAAGAAGGACAGUGCCGAGUAGCUAGCGUUCACUGGCAGCCCCAAGACACCGGGGUUCGGAGCUGUCCCGAAGCUCCCUCAGCGCUUGCCUGCACCACCAGGACCACCGCGCAGCUGUCCUGCCAGCGCUCACUGGCAGCGACCCCUGAUGUUUCCAGAACACGUGCGCUCUCCUCCAGCCACAGAGACGGGGUCCUCCGCCUACACUAGUGAGCCUGCCCCCGAGAGGCCCUGUGUUCAGUGGCAUGGCUUGUACGCUUGUCCUGUGGUGACAGUUUGUGACAUUCUGUCCUCCUGAGGCCUCCCAGCUGACGCUGUAGACUCCUCCUCUUCUCUCUGUCCAUCCAUCCAUCUUUCCACACACAUCCGGUGCAUUCUGUGUGCUGGUCAGAGGGGCUCUUGU